AUGCUGGCAGCGGACCGGCUCAGGCCGGAUGCCGUAACCGACAGUACCGCUGCCAGUGCCCUUGCCAAAGCUGCCAGGUGGGAGCAGGCUGUACAGGUGGCUGGGCGCCUGCCUUCCCUUCGACUGGCGCCCUCACCCGUGGUGCACGGAGCAGCGAUCGCUGCGUGCGAGAAGGGAUGGCAGUGGAGGACGGCUUUGGCCCUUUCUGCAGAGCUCCGUGCAGCCGGAGUCGGCUUCGUUCCGGCGGCACUCGCGGCGCAGAAUGGCACGGUCUCUGCGUGUGAGAAGGCGCAGCUGUGGGAGAUGGCGCUGGGCUUGUUUGCCGAUAUGAAACGCGGGAAGCUUCAGCCAUCUGCUGUGACCUACAACUCCAUACUGAGCGCAUGUGGGACGAAUUCAUUGGAGCUCUCCGUGGCUGUUGCAAACGAGAUGGAGAAAUCACAGAUAGUUUUGGAUGUUGUCAGCUACACGGCGCUCAUAGCAGCCACGGGUCGUUCUGCUGUUCCUUCCGGCAUCACGAUGGCGCUGGGAUUCCUUGAGCAGAUGCAGUCAAAGCAGGUGCAUCCAGAAACCUUGACAUUCAACGCUGCAUUGCACGCCUGCCAGUCAGCCUUGCACUGGGCCGCCGCCCUGGAAAUCUUCUCCCGGGUUCGAAGAGGCAGAGGACCUGCAAGAUUGGAUUCAGUGUCCUGCGCCGCACUGUUGGACUCGCUCGCCUGGGCCGGUAGCUUCGGCCGACUUCAGGCGAUCCUGCCUGUCGUCCGACGUGAGAACUUGAAAUCUGUGAUCCUUGAGCCGCAAUCAGCCGAACUACAGCUUCUGGCGGGCAGCAUGAAGCCUGACUUGCUCGCACUCGCAGCCCGCUCUGCCACUCUUUCUCUCAGCUUCUGGGGCCAAAGCCCAAGCUGGGUCGAGUGGGGUCUGGUCUUGGUGCUCUUGCGCCGCACGGUGCUCGGUGGUGUACCUUCGCGAAAGGCAAAAACUGGGAAGAUGAGUCUGCUUCGCCAGCUGGAAGAACUCAUGGCCGAAAGACGGCAGAGCUCCGAAGACCGUCUUUUGGACGCGGCCUUCUCACAUCCGUUUGGGCUUGGUCCGAUCUUGGCUAACCUGACGCUGGAGGCGCUGGACUUCUCACAGAUGUCUCGCGAACCUCGCCGACCUGCGAUGCCGUCGACAAGGUCUACGGGGGAGCCUCUGGCUCGCCAGCUUUGGGCAGAAAUAGAUCUGGCUUUGGAUCUCCGGUCCACAUCCCUGCGCGAUAGGCAGCUAGUUGGCUACGGCGGUUCGGCCGUAUGCACUGUCAACAGCGACACGAGCAGACGCACGAAAAGAAGCCAGAUGUCACGUUUUGGAGUCUUGCGGCAGAAGGACCGUUGUAUCGGUGGCGAUGCCUCCGGAAGCAAAGGGCAGGAUGGAUCAGACGAGUUGAGCGAAGAUUUGCUGCCAUUCCUUCGUCUCUUGGUGGACGAUGCCGCUUGGCAGCACUGUUCAUAUCGACUUAUCCUGCCGAUGCUCUACUUUUGA